AUGACUGCGGUUCGGCGUUCCAAGGCUGUCAAUCCCGAAAAUGAUCCUCAGAAAGAGAUCAAGGUUCGUCAUGGUAUCUCGCCCAACUACGGCGGCGACGCCUCCAUCGCUCGCAACCACUCGGCGGACAUCCCUCACACGAAGAAUUGUUCCCUUUGGAUCACCAACCUGCCGCCCCACUGCACUCACAACAUGCUCCUCAGCCAGAUUCAAGGCAUGGGUCGCAUUUACUGCUGUGUCAUCAACCCCCCUCAGCAGUCGGCCGGCCAUAGCACCGCUGCGGCCAAAGUGGUCUUUUUCGAGCUCUCUGGCGCCCAGAACUUCUACACCAUGUGUAGCGACCCUCGCCGCCGCCUCAUUGUCGGAGGCAUGGUUGCCCGAGUCUCUCUUAACCGAAUCAAAUCGGCUGAGUUCGAGCCUUACGGCAACAAGAGCCGGGUCCUUCUGAUCCAAGGCAACGUCCGAUGUGUCAACGAGGAAAGCCUCACUGCCUGGUUCAAAGAGCGCUUUCAGUUUGACAAGGACGAAGUCAUUACCCACUUCCACAACAGCGAGAUGGGUUUUGUCGAGUUCCGCUUUGGUAGUUGGCGCUGCCAGGCCGAGGCCGCCCGCAUCGCACUCCUCCGGGAAUAUGAAGUUGGCUCGGCUGGCGGUGACAUUUGGAGCGUCCGUUAUGGCAUCGACCCUUGCUCUGUCUAA